AUGUCCGCUCAUCCAUUUUCCAUCUCAUUUCAAAUUCGUGCAUUUCAGAUGAGCAUCCAGCUUCUGCUCAUCUCAUUUCUCAUUGUCGUCGUCUCGUCAGCAAAAACUGUGAAUUUGAAGAAUCGGGUCGUUGCUGCAGUGAAUUGCGGAGGCCCUGAUGCUUUGGGAGCAUAUGGAAUCGAGUAUUCUGCAGAUACGUCAGAGGAUGGUGUCUCUUCAGAUCAUGGAAUGCAAUACUCAUUCAAUAAUGCUGAAGUAGAUGAUAUGGAAAUUUAUCAGACUGAGAGAUGGAGCAAAGAAUCAUUUAGUUACGAUGUUCCAAUCAGCGAGGAUGGCGAGUACGUCAUCAUUCUGAAAUUCUCGGAAGUCUACUUUCAAAAAGCUGGAGAAAAAAUUUUCAAUAUAAGAAUCAAUUCACAUCUGGCUGUCAAAAAUCUAGACAUUUUUGAUGCAGCUGGCGGUCGAGGAUUUGCCCAUGAUGUCUAUAUUCCAGUGGUUAUCAAGGGUAGCUCUAUUUCGGUGUCUGGACAUUCAAGAGAAUACAAAGGAAAAGUCAUCAUUGAGCUCUCAAAAGGUCCCCAUGAUAAUCCGAAACUCAAUGGAUACGCUAUUCUUCGUGGAACUGUUGAAGAUCUGCCAUCACCGCCAGAAAAAUUCAUUGUUGAAGAUCAUUUCCCGGAGGAUUUUGACAUUUAUGAAGACGAUGCAACUGAAGAUAGUUUCAAACCUCAAAUCAUCAGAGGAGAUGAGCCUGACGAAGAAGAAAUGUACAGUGCACCAUCGGCGGCGGGAACGGAGAAUCCAUUUGAAAAGGAAACCAUGAACAUCUGGCUUCCGCUUGUCGCCAUUCUUAUCGUCGUUAUUCCUAUGAUCUACGUAAUUCAGAUGAAAAACCAGGGAACUAGAAAAGAUUGAUGUUUUAAACAUUUUUCCAUUUGUUUGUUAGUAUUUAUAUUUAUUGAUUUUAUGUUCUCUGUGAGAAAAAUAUUGUGGGUUUUUUGAUCUUUCACUUGUAAAUAUAUUUCAUGUCAACUAGGAAUUUUUCUUUUUUUGUUUUGUUCUCAAGCUUAAUUUAUUAUUUAAAAUGCUCAACAAAUGAAACAAUUUUUGUUCGA